CUUGCCGUUCGGAUAGAGGCUCAUUUUCUGCUCUCUGUAUUUCUUUAUCGCCAUUAGAUCUCAAGGAAUAUUGAAGGCAGCAUGUCUCAUCGCAAGUUUGAGCACCCAAGACAUGGCUCUUUAGGAUUUCUCCCGAGAAAAAGAGCUGCCCGUCACCGUGGAAAAGUGAAGUCGUUCCCCAAAGAUGAUCCGGCAAAACCUUGCAGGUUAACUGCUUUCCUAGGAUAUAAAGCUGGGAUGACUCAUAUUGUUAGAGACGUUGAAAAACCUGGGUCAAAGCUCCAUAAGAAGGAGACGUGUGAGGCAGUAACGAUUGUAGAAACGCCACCAAUGUUUGUUGUUGGGGUUGUUGGAUAUGUCAAAACACCCCGUGGUCUACGCUCUCUGAAUACUGUAUGGGCCCAGCAUCUUAAUGAGGAGUUGAAGAGGAGAUUCUACAAGAACUGGUGCAAGUCCAAGAAAAAGGCUUUCACCAAUUACUCAAAGAAGUAUGAAUCUGAGGAAGGGAAAAAGGACGUUCAGGCACAGUUGGAGAAAAUGAAGAAGUAUUGUACCGUCAUUCGUGUUUUGGCUCAUACCCAGAUUAGAAAGAUGAAAGGCCUGAAGCAGAAAAAGGCCCACCUGAUGGAGAUUCAGGUGAAUGGCGGGGACAUUGCUAAGAAGGUUGAUUAUGCUUACAGCUUUUUUGAGAAGCAGAUUCCUAUUGAUGCUGUAUUCCAGAAAGAUGAGAUGAUAGACAUUAUUGGAGUUACCAAGGGUAAGGGCUAUGAGGGUGUGGUGACCCGAUGGGGUGUAACCCGCCUCCCUCGCAAGACCCACCGUGGGCUUCGUAAGGUUGCCUGUAUCGGUGCCUGGCAUCCAGCUAGGGUUUCAUUCACUGUUGCGAGGGCUGGGCAAAAUGGUUACCAUCAUCGCACUGAGAUGAACAAGAAAAUUUACAGGCUGGGCAAGGCGGGUCAGGAGUCUCAUUCUGCUAUCACCGAGUUUGACAGAACUGAGAAGGAUAUUACACCAAUGGGAGGUUUCCCUCAUUAUGGGGUUGUGAAAGAUGAUUAUCUGCUGAUAAAGGGAUGCUGUGUGGGACCAAAGAAGCGUGUUGUCACCUUGAGGCAGACAUUGUUGAACCAGACAUCUAGGGUUGCAUUGGAGGAGAUCAAACUUAAGUUCAUCGACACAUCCUCUAAGUUUGGCCAUGGUCGUUUCCAGACAACAGAGGAGAAGGCGAAGUUUUUUGGACGACUCAAGGCUUAGGUUGCUGAAGAAAUUUUGCUAUUGUUUAUCAGUUACAUCUUGACUUUGUUUUCUGGGAUCAUGGUACCUUAUGAGAGAAGUUUGUUUGGUUUUUCUAAAUUUUUGGGCAUUUUGCUGGGCUCAUCAUUUCGAGUUUUAGUUCGGAGUUCUUCCCUUUCUCGGAAUCUUUCAAAUAUAUGGAUAUUUUACUCCACUGCUACGUUUCUUUUUGUUGAUUGCAUUGAGCUAUGUUUAUGUUCUUGUUGCUUGCUGGUUGAAAGCUUGAUAGUUUCGGGGGCAUUUCUUCUGCAGCUAUGUUCAUUGUACAAGACUCCAACAGUGGUUACCCA